CCUCUCCCAAACCGAUCGACGGGCUUGACUCAUCGACUGCAACGACCACCGCGAUCGGCGCGAAAAAUGGCUUCGGAAGAGCCGCUGUUUGAUCCUUCACUGAAGAAGCGCAAGAAAAAGACCGUCGCUUUCACAGAAGACCCACUGGGCCGUGAUGCUGACCCUACCACCCCUGCACCGACCACGAUCGACAACCACACGACAGAUGGUAGUGCUGUCGACUUGGGGCCAGCUACCCUACAUGAGCAGAUGAAGCGGAGUGAGAGUACGGCUGUUGAAAAUGAUGAUGCAGAUGAGGGAAGGGAGGCCGAUGACUUCAAGGCGAUGUUCCCUGAAGGCCUCAAGAAGAAGAAAAAGAAGAAGGAUAUUCCAAUGGAUCUUGGCGAAGAUGCCUCCGAAGGCCUGCCACCAGCGAUCGCUCCUACAGAGGACCUUGACUUCUCUGACGUGAAAAAGAAGAAGAAAACCAGCAAGAAAAAGGCCAUGGAGGAUUUUGAGAAGGAGCUUAAUGAGGCAAAGGCAAAGGAGGAUACAGAGGAUGUCGAUGUCGAUGACGGAGAGCAUCUGAAUGACAUAGAUGAGGCGGAUCUAGGCGACGACCCCUUCGCUCGCCCAGAGGCACCAACAGGGGUCGAUAGUGGUACGGAGCCCUGGCUCGGUAGCGAUCGCGAUUACACUUACGAUGAACUCUUGCUGCGCUUCUACGCGUCUCUUCAUGCAUCAAAUCCCUCUUUGCUCACAUCUGCCGGAAAACGGUACACAAUUGCCCCACCUCAAAUCCUUAGAGAAGGCAUACGGCGAUCUAUAUUCGCCAAUAUCGCUGAUAUCUGCAAGCGUAUGCACCGGUCACCAGACCACGUCAUCCAAUUCUUAUUUGCGGAGAUGGGUACGACCGGAUCUGUGGAUGGCAUGGGACGUUUGGUAAUAAAGGGUCGUUUCCAACCCAAACAAGUAGAAAACGUUCUCCGUCGAUACAUUGACGCUGCAGUCGAGUAUGUCACUUGCAAGACUUGCAAGUCACCCGACACCAUUCUCACGAAGGAGAACCGCAUAUUCUUCAUGUCUUGCGAGUCAUGUGGUUCGCGGCGGUCUGUCAAUACCAUCAAGAGCGGAUUCCAGGCACAAGUAGGGAAGAGAAGCAAAAACAAGGUAGCCUGA